AUGAGCGGUACACCGGGUCUUGGUGCAUUUAAUAAAGAUAAGGUAGCCAAUAAAUUUGGUAUUCAAUUAAAACCUAAAGAUUCAAAUAAACAACCUCAACGACCAUUAAAUCCAUCAACUGAGCAAAAUUCGAUUAAUACAGGAACAUCUACUUUAACAGAAAACAAAACAGUGAGUGAUUUUCGUUCACAAAAUGAAACAAAUAAAAAUAAUCUUAAUCAAACAUCAUCAUCAAAAACACCAGAAUCAAUAAAAAAAUCUCUUGAAAAUUCGAUAAAAAGUAAGUCUACGAUUGGACUUGUAUCGACAUCAACACAUAGUGAAGUAAGUAAUUCUUUUCAAUUGAACGUCAAUCAUUCCAAAUCUUCAAAUCUUAUGAAAUCAAAUGAAACGAUUAAUUCUAUUUCUUCAUCUUCAACAUCAAAAUCAUUGAAUCAAUUAAAAAGAGCGAGUUUAGCACCUGUUCCUACCGAUCGACGAUCAAGUUUAAUAUUAACAAAUCAAAAUAAAUUAUUAGAAUCUUCUAAACUUAAACGUUCAAGUAUAGCGAAAAUACCCGAACGAAUUGUUUCAUCAAUACAUUCUAUUAAACAAUCAAAUAUUCCAUCAAAUAUAAUUAAAACUGAAACUAAAAUCGAACAUCAAGAAGAUAAACCAUUAAAUAAAAAACAAUUAUCAAAAACAUCAGAUAAUGUUACACCAACAGCAAAUAAAAAUAAACAACAACAUCAACCUGUAACAUCAUCGACUACGAUAUCAAAACAGUAA